AUGAUCGAGGAAGGCUUUGGAGAAUAUCAAUGGAUUGUGAUAGUCGCUUUCGUUGUCGCCUUUUUGUUGGCGAUUUCAGUUGGUGCGAAUGAUGUUGCGAACCCGUUUGGAACCUCGGUGGGAUCGGGCGCGCUCACUCUUUUACAGUGUUUUGUUCUGGCCACGUUGAUGGAAACGUUGGGGGCAAUUACGAUGGGCGGCGCAGUCUCGGACACCAUAAGAAAGAAGAUCGUCAACGUUGACGCGUACAACGAAACGAGCUCAGAAGACAUAAAAAAGUUCCUUAUCGGACAACUCUCCGCGAUGUUCGGUGCCGCUGUCUGGCAGAUUAUUGCAUCAGUCUUAAAAAUGCCUGUUUCCGGAACUCACUCGAUUGUUGGUGCGGUUGUUGGCUUUGCGAUCAUUUCGAAAGGAGUGAUGGCCAUUCAGUGGUGGACCAUUAUCAAAAUUGUCAUUUCUUGGUUUGCAUCGCCUGUUCUCUCCGGCGUGCUAGCGAUCGCUCUCUACACGCUGGUGUCGAAGAUGAUUCUCCAAGCGGAGAAUCGCGUCUCCCGUGCAUGCACCUUUUUGCCAAUAUUCUACUCAGGUGUUGUUGGAUUCAACUGCUACUCUAUCAUGCGUACAAUGAACAAAAUUUACAAAUGGAGCGGUUCUUGCGACGACGAGGCGGAAGACAGUGAAGACGGCACUGGAUCUUUCUGCUUUCGGGAGUGGCACUUCAUCACCAUCGCAUUUUCUGUAAUGGCCAUGGUUUAUAUCGUCAUUCGCUGCCUAUAUAUUCCCCGAAUCCUGCGUAAAAUCAAUGCGCUCAGCAAGAAUCUAUGCCCCUCUCCAUCUUCCUUCCAGAAAAUGGUUGCGAAGCUUGAGAAGAAGUUAGGACUCACUUUGGAUGCGGAAAUCAAAGAAGACGCAAUAGAGCCAGAAAAGAUACUGCUCGAGGAAAAGAAUUUUAUCAAUCCUGCAAAUGACGAAAAGCAAGACGGCUCUGAGACUCCUGAAAUGCAAAUUUGCUUCAAGGAACUUCAAGCGUUCUCAGCGUGUUUUGAUGCCUAUGCUCACGGAGGAAAUGAUGUUGGAAACUCUAUUGGCCCUGUAAUGGCCGUUUGGGCUGUGAUCCAAACUUGCCAAACGAUUGCUGGAUGUAAUAUCAACCAAACUGAACCACCUCAACUUUGGAUCAUUAUUUUUGGUUGCAGCGGUAUUAUCCUCGGCCUCUGGACCUUAGGAAAGCGGGUUAUACAGACAGUUGGAAAGGACAUCGCUUCAAUCACCCCUGCCCGGGGCUUUUCUAUUGACAUCAUGGCUGGAUUCACAGUUUUAUUUGGCUCGAUGCUUCAAAUUCCAUUGUCUACAACGCAUUGCAAGGUUGGCGCAGUUGUGGCCGUAUCCCUAGUUCAUGACCGAGCGAAUGUGUCAUGUGCAACCUUCAAAAAGAUCGCCAUGGCUUGGUUCGUGACCCUCCCUGUUUCGGCUGUCAUAUCUGCUUUAAGUUAUUAUUUUAUUUGCAUGUGGGUCUUAUGA